AUGCUCCAAAAGACCCUCGAAAUAGCUUGUGUCCAAAUUGCAAGUGGUCCCAACAAAGCCGAUAACAUUUCGCGAGCGAGAGAAAAAGUCAUGCAAGCAGCAGCCAGAGGCGUCUCUCUAGUAGUCCUUCCGGAAUGCUUCAACGCGCCGUAUUCCACAACAAAGUUUCGCGAGUAUGCCGAGCCCUUGUCGUCAAGCCCUGAUCCUGCAGAGGCACCUACCUUCGCCGCAUUGUCGCAAAUGGCUCAAGACGCCGGGGUCUUGCUGGUCGGAGGGAGUGUUCCAGAGUGCGACAAGCUCAGCAAGAUCUACAAUACCUGCGCGGUAUACUCUCCCCGGGGAGAAUUGCUUGCGUUUCAUCGCAAGAUGCAUCUUUUCGACAUUGACAUCCCCGGUGGGAUGUGUUUUCGUGAAUCCGAUACCCUGUCGCCAGGAAAUCAAAUCACAAUUGUGGACUUGGAUGGGUAUGGCAAAAUUGGUAUCGGAAUCUGCUACGACAUCCGGUUUGCCGAAUUGAGUACGAUCGCAGCUCGGAAAGGCGCCUUCGCACUGAUUUUCCCCUCGGCGUUCAACACAACCACUGGACCACUUCAUUGGGAGCUUCUCGGUCGCUCGCGGGCGCUCGACAACCAGGUCUAUAGUGUUCUGUGUUCGCAAUCGAGAGCCCCGCCCCCUUCGUACCCUGCCUGGGGAUAUAGCAUGGUCAGCGAUCCGAUGGGUCGAAUUGUCGCCGCCGCUGAGGAGGGCGAAGGUAUCAUAUAUGCAACAUUGGAUUCGAGUGCGAUCCAGGAGGCUCGGCAGGCGAUUCCUAUUAGCAUACAGAAGAGAUAUGACGUGUAUCCAGAUAUUGCGAAGCUCAUUUGA